UCGGAGAAAAGGAUAAAAAAUGGGAAGAAAGAAGACUAGAGGAGAGCAGUGCCCCUUGCUCUCUUCCUAAACACUGAUGGGGUGUAAUGGGGUCAAGACUCAAGAUUUUGAAUAAACAAGUGUAAUGAAAUUAAUUAUGUUGCCAUUUUUGUCCUUGACAAUAUUUAAACUCCAUUUAUCCUACUGUAACAUAAUGAACAUGUCGAUGUACACUUGUUUAUAAUUACCCCCAAACUGCUGGCAUCUCUUGUUCCAACUCCAACAAAAGUAAAAGUCUUCUCUUUUCUCAAACUCAAAUCUUUGUAUGAACAACAUGGCUAAAACACCCGUCAAAUACUAUGUGGUUGACGCAUUCACUGACUCAGCCUUCAAGGGAAACCCAGCAGCGGUUUGUUUGUUGGAGGAAGAGAGAGAUGAAAAAUGGCUGCAAGCAGUGGCUGCUGAGUUUAAUUUCUCUCAGACUGGUUACUUGACCCGGAUCACUAACCCGGCCUCUCCAAACCCCAGGUUUCGACUUAGAUGGUUCACCCCGGUUGCUGAGGUUAAGCUAUGUGGUCAUGCAACCUUAGCAUCUGCGCACACUCUCUUUACAACUGGUUUGGUAAAUUCAAACAUAAUUGAAUUUGACACACUAUCCGGAAUCCUCACUGCUAAAAAGGUUCCAGAUGUUAAUCCCACCGAUGUCUCCCGAGUUCAGAAUGGUGGAGCACAUGACUGCUUUCUAAUUGAACUGAAUUUUCCUACCGUUCCCAUCACUGAAUUCAAUUCUACUGAGGUUUCAGCUAUUACCAAAGCCUUGAAUGGUGCUCCUCUCAUUGAUGUCAAGAGGACAACUACCGCAUCUGAUCUCUUUGUUGUGCUCGCAUCUGGAAAAUCUGUUAUUGAGAUAGAGCCACGGUUUGAUGACAUCCUGAAAUGUCCUGGACGAGGCUUAAUUGUUUCAGGGGUUGCUCCUCCUGAUUCUGAAUUUGAUUUUAUCAGUCGAUUCUUUUGCCCAAAAUAUGGUAUUAAUGAGGAUCCUGUUUGUGGGAGUGCACAUUGUGCCCUGGCACCCUAUUGGAGCCAAAAGCUGGGAAAGUGUGAUUUCGUUGCACAUGCGGUAUCUCUCCUCUUCUUUUCCUCUGAAUCAUUCACUGAAACCAUCCGUAUUAUCACUUAUUAUCAUAUUGAUUGUGUUGUUUACUUUGCUCAGGCAUCACCUAGAGGUGGAAUAGUGAAGAUCCAUUUAGAUGAGCAGAACCAGAGAGUGCUUCUGCGAGGAAAAGCUGUUACUGUGAUGGAAGGCUCUCUUUUGGUCUAGAAUCGGAGUUAAUUUCUGUUUAGGGUGUAUGGUGAAUUGCAGAUUGUAACAACAGUAAUUGGGUGCAACAAUUCCCUGUAAUUUAAUGAACAGACUGUGUUCUGGUUUAUUACCUUUUCUUGGGAAACAUGCUAUAUAAUAAGAUAUCACCCUUUCAUUUCUGCUAAA